AUGUCUUCACACACUUCUUCACCUUCCUCACCAGUUUCUACAUCCUCUACUUUGACGGAAGAAAGGUCAACUCGCACGAUGGCAGACGUGGUUAGAAAAUUUAAGACGGAAGAGCUUAUCGACUAUUUACAGAGGCAAGACUUGAACCUUGACAAAGAGGAUCUUGCCGUUUUUCGCAAGCGGAAAAUUGAUGGCUUUGCUUUUCUUGAAAUGACUAAAUCGGAUUUUCGAGAAUGUGGAUUCGAAAUAGGACCUGCUAUAAAACUCGCAAAAUUUAUCGAGGAUCUCGGGCAAAAACUAAGAAGUUAUUCGUCGUAUAAAACUCUGGACGACCUGAAAGAAAUGCUACGUAAGAAUAAAGUCAAUGGGGAAGAUAUAACGAAUAUCAACCAGUUCACACCCGUGUUCGAGGAAAUAGACGAUAAUGACAAAGCAUUCAACCACUGUAUGGAUAAUAUAAUCCUAAAAUUAUCAAACGUAGAGACUAUGACGGACGCCAACGAAGCAACGAGAUGCGAAUUUAUUUCGGCAAUUCUACAUGCGUCGAUUGAUAUCGCUAAACGAGUCACCACCCAAGACAUCUUUAUAGUCCUGCAAAAGGAUAUUUCUGGUGAAGAGUCAACGGGACGAGUCGACUACGCAAUAAAGGGGUUGGAGGACCUACUUUGCAUCACCGAAGGAAAACCACGUAACAUCAAGAUUGGGUAUGCUCAAAAUCUAGCACAACUCGAAAGUGCGUACCAGACUAAUAAGAAGAAACGGACAGCGGAUGAGGCAUUUGAUAACGAGUAUUUCGACUACCUCUAUGGGAUAGUAUCUACGG